AUGUCAAUUUUUGAACUAUUUAGAACUGGAUCUAUGAGUGACAAUGAGCGUAUCGUAUACCAAUUUAUUAAAGCGUCGGGGAAUAAAGGAACAUGGAUCAAGGAUAUUAAAGUCAAAUCAGGAUUACAUGCACAGAUUGUCACUCAAAUGAUCAAGAAUCUUGAAAAAAAAGUCUUGAUAAAGGCAGUUAAAUCUGUCAAGACACCUACGAAAAAAGUAUAUAUGUUGUCAGAACUUGAUCCAUCAGUAGAAUUAACAGGUGGUGCAUGGUAUACAGAUCAAGAGCUUGAUGUAGAAUUUAUUGAUCAACUAGCUCACCAGAUCUACAAAUACAUUUGUUCAAAGAGUUUUCCGCCAAAUACGAAUUCUAUUUUUCCAUCCUCGCAUCCAUACCCGACAUGUAACGACCUACACAAAUGGAUUUCUAAAAGCGGGAUUACAACCGUACAGCUUUCACAUACCGAUGUUCAAUCUCUCAUUGAUCGACUUAUAUUUGAUGGCAAGGUUGAGCAAAUUCAGUCUAUCCACACUGGCAGCAAUGAGGAUAUUUGGGCGUAUCGAGCCACUCGAAGUAGUGUGUUGAAUGGAUCGGUUUGGACGGACGUUCCGUGUGGACGGUGUCCGGUGUUUUCGUUUUGCGAAGAGGGCGGUCCUGUAAGUCCCAGCGGAUGCGUUUAUUUUAAAAAAUGGUUGAGUUUUUAA